GAGAUGACAGCAGCUUCUGAAGCUGAGCUCAGACAGCGGGAACAUGAGUUCAACUUGAAAAUGGAUGAGAUGCGCGCUGUGGUGCUGUCUUGUGAUCUCAAGGUGAAGCUGCUGUCCAAAGAGACAGAAGUUCAGUGCCAGGCUCACGCUGAGUCCAAAGAGGCUCUGCAAGCCUCCGAGGUGUUCUGUGAGCAGCUCCGAAGCCAGCUGCUACACAGAGACCAUGAGAUCAGAGACCUCACUGCUGCUAAGGAUUGCAGGAUAAAGGAGCUUGAGGACAAGCUGAAAAGGAUGGAGACCAAAUUGAGGAAAGAAGAGAGUAACCACAUUAAGAAAUAUGAGGAUGUGAUCCGGGCUCUGAAGGAGUGCGCUCUGCAGCUGGAGGCUCAGUAUCAGGCCCACACAGAGAAGCUGCAGGAGAUAGAGAAACACGUCGUUAAACUACAUGAGAAUGUGGAGGUUCUGGCUGCACGGGUACGCUGCAAACUGAAGGACCAACAGGAUGCCAUGGAUCUGAAAGAUGAGACCAUCCAGAGGCUUCGCACAGAGGUUGAUGGAACCAGGACUGGCUGGGACAGGCACAUUAGUCAAUUCUCUAGUGAGAUGGUUGUCAAGGAUACAGAGAUCAUUUCCCUGCAGGAGAGAGCAACCAAAUGUAGGACUGAGCUGGAGAGGAGCAGGGAGGAUAUUGAAAGGUACAAGCAGCAGCUGGGUGCUGGUUUGCAGAGAGAGAAGGCGCUAGAACAGAUGAAAGUCCAGGUUGAGCUGGAGUGGCAGAGACGCUGUGAAGAUAUGAAGGCCCAACACUACCUGGCUAAUGAACAGCUAAUACAAGAGCUGACCCAGGCUAGAGACCAGGCUAAAGCAGAUCUACAUGAGAAAGAACUAGAUCUGCAGGACUUGAGUGUCUUACUACGGUCUGUAAAAACAGAGAGAGACCAGGCACUGCAGGGUGUCACACCACAGGUCGGCUCUCUGGCAUCAGAAGAGAUCCAUCGUCUACAGCAUCAGAACAGCAGUCUGCGUGCCGUGGUUACCCAGAUGAGGAAGGACAUGGAGGGUCUCAUCCAUCUCCUUCCCCAUCCCCAGCCGCAGCCACAGCCACAGGCCUCCACUCCCCGGCCAGUUAAACAUCCAGGAGCCCCUCCCCCCCCCUCCCUCGCUCCUACAGCUGACAAUCAGGUGGCCACUGGACCAACGGUGCAAUCCACUGACACAGGCAGGCUGGAUCAGGUGUCUCUCCUGAAGGCUCGAUGCAGACACUUAGAGGAGCAGCUGGAAGCCACGGGUAAAGAGAAUCUGGCUCCUUUAGUUCCGGACAACACACACCUCCAGAACCAGGGACUAAAGCAAGGUGUUCUGCUCUCAGAGAAUGGUGCCGACCCCUCAGCUCUGGACAGGCAGGAGGUCAGAGUGGCACAUAUUGAGUCUGCUCUCGCCAAACUAAUGAAACAGACUGCGCUGGUACGACAGCUCCAGGAGGAGAACCUGUGUUUGAAGCGGCAGCAGACCUCAGGUCAGAUGUCUGGUGGCCCUUUAGAAGAUGUGCACGGUGUUGAAAACAAACGUCCUGUCCUGCACAGCAGACUGAAGCAGGCUGCAUCCUGUAUCGCCCGGCUGAGCAGAGACAAGCAGCAGCUGAUAGAGAUGGGGAACCGCCUCCGGGCCCAGAUCACCACCGCUGGACCACAGGAAUCAGUGGAGCCGGAGUGGGACUCAUUCACAGAGAACCAAGGAGAGCAUCAUGACCGGCUGUCUGCUCUGGAACAGCUCCAGUACCAGCUCACCACACAGGAGCUGCAGUAUGCACUGAGACAGCAACACCUUCCACCUUCCACCAACCGAGGGCCCUCCACUGAAGGGGCUGCUAACCCUCGGUCCCAGGGUCACACACCCACAGACACACCUGAGAGCUCAAAGACCAAAGAGAAGACAGUGAUCCAGUCUCAGGGCUCCAUGCAGCUCUCAGGUGUGUCCAGGUCUCUGCUGUCCUCAGAGGACUCCCUGCAGUCCUUAAAGGAGCUGUGGGAGAAACUGGACCAUGGAUUCAGUUCAUCAAUGUUAUCAGAAGGUGAGGCUGAGCUGAGCAGGAGGAAGGUGGAUGAGUCUGGAGUGGCGGGAGGUAAUGGUGGUGGUGGGGUCCAGAUGACGGCGGAGGGUACCCGGGCUCCCGUCCAUAGUCGGCUCGCUACUGAGGUCCAGCAGAAGAGGAUCCCUUCUAAAACACCAUCAAACAAGAGGAUGUGCAAGAUCAGAAACUACAAUGUGAAAAGUUGACAAAAGGGACAAUCUGUCAGUAAACUUCUCAUGGGGAGUCCCACUGGUACUUUUAUAUAUACUAUGGCUCUUGAGGAGCUUUGUCAAGGAUAAGAAAUUAAACCUGAUUAUGUCUUAGAUUACAAUUUAGGAGCUUUUUUUAAGGCUUCUUCCAGCAUCAGAGCUCACAUGGCUGACCAGUUAAGGGACCACAGUUCAAAUGAACAUAAUAGGUUUGAAGUGUAUGUCUAUUAUCCUCAACAUUUUAUUUUCUAAAUAACGUUUUGUCAGUAGUCUCCUGUGGCUCAGGAAGUAGAGUGAUCCCACACUGAUCAGGAAAGGGUUGGAAAAUCCAACCUUUUUCCCAGAAUGCAUUAUUUUAUGUUGGGUCUUUUGAGUAAAAUGCCCUUUUCUUACUUGAUAAACCUAUGUGAUUUCUCAGAAAUACAACUCCUAUUUACAGUGACUCUCCUCAUGCAGAAAUAAUAGGGGGGUAAUAGUUUUCUGCCACUCCAAGGGUCGAUGGGUCCAUCCCCGAAUGGAAGACAACAUCACAAAGUGUCCUUGGGCAGGAUUCUAAACCCAAAAUUGCCCCUGUAGGCAUGGCAAGCAGUGUGUUUUGUAUCUGUAAAAGUAUUUUUAAGUCACUUUGAAUAAAGCGUGAAAUAAUAUUGGCUUUGAAAUACAUAUAAAGCAACUAUUUCUACAAAACU